CGCGAAAAACGUAUCUCCCGUCGCUGGUUUUGGCUGUUUCUCACCGGCUGGGGUUAGCGCCUGGGUUUGUCCGGGGACGCUGCCUCGUGCGGUUGUUUAGACGCGCGCUCUCUCGGUGUUGGAAGAACAGCGGUAAUAUUUUCAAGAUUAUUUCUUCUUCAAUGUCAGUUGUUGCGUGACAGCUCCAGGCGCGGCGCCAGCAUGUAAUAAUUUGGACAGAUUUAUUUUUUAUUUUUUGACAUUUUAUUUGAUCAGCGUGAAUCGCUUUACCCGUCAUAACCAUUUGCGAGUGUAGCGGGAGAACACGGGGACAGUAAGAGCAUUAAACCUCUUGAGUUAAAUGGGCAGUUUUCGGUAGCCAGCUUAGGUAGCCUGCUAGCUAGCUAUAUGGGUUAUUCUCUUACGGUUGUAUAACAGCAACACCUGUGGCAUUAAAAGGUCAGGUCAGGUGUGGUGUGAAGUUUCGUCCCAGCUUGUGAAGAAGACUUGAAAUAAAUAGGCCAAUUUUUUCUACAGGGGACAUUCCAGCCGAGGAAUCCCACUUACAAGAUGUUACAGCAUGCUGGAAGCCUAGGACAUUACUUCAUGAGCUUGAAAUCUUUUAACAGGGUUUUGGUCAACCUGUGUGUGUCUCCCUUGUGGUUUGCUGUCCUCUCGCGACCCCAAUGACCUCAUUGGCUCUUUUGACCUUAGAGUCAGCGACAGCCCCGAAUCCAUUCUGUGGCAUGUGAGAAAAGACGUUCAGGUUGUGCGAAAGCUGUGGCGGGGUGCUUUUCCAAAUGCCUACCUCACGCCUAAAGAACAAAUCACUGCAGCCACAGCCCUGAUCAGCAGCCACCAUGACAUCAAGCAUAGGGGAUGAUUGCAGCCUUACUGAUGGGUUGAUGGAAGAAGAUGAAAAGGACAAGGCGAAACGCGUGUCCCGUAACAAGUCGGAGAAGAAGAGGAGAGACCAGUUCAAUGUCCUCAUCAAGGAGCUUGGCACCAUGUUGCCGGGCAACACCAGAAAGAUGGACAAGUCCACAAUCCUGCAGAAAAGCAUCGACUUCCUGUGUAAACACAAAGAGAUUGCAGCCCAGUCUGAGUCGAGCGAGAUCAGACAGGAUUGGAAGCCUCCUUUUCUUAGCAAUGAAGAGUUCACCCAGCUCAUGUUGGAGGCCUUGGAUGGAUUCUUUAUAGCAAUAAUGACUGAUGGGAACAUCCUUUAUGUCUCUGAGAGUGUCACCUCUUUACUAGAACACCUACCAGCGGACUUGGUGGACCAGAACUUGUUAAACUUUCUGCCCAUUGGGGAACACUCUGAAGUUUACAAGGCUCUGUCUACACACCCAGCUGACCUGGAGAAGCUCAGUAGCGACUAUAUGAAGACUAAGAAUCAUCUAGAGUUCUGCUGUCACAUGCUGCGAGGGGCGAUUGACCCCAAAGAGCCCCCUGUCUAUGAAUAUGUAAAGUUUAUCGGCAACUUCAAAUCCCUCAAUAACGUUCCAAACAUUACGAGAAACGGUCUGGCAGGAGUUUUACAGCGGUCACUACAGCCUGCCUUCGAUGACCAGGUCUGCUUUGUAGCCACUGUUCGCUUGGCCAAACCUCAGUUCAUUAAGGAAAUGUGCACCGUCGAGGAGCCAAAUGAAGAAUUUACCUCAAGGCACAGUCUAGAAUGGAAAUUCCUCUUCUUAGACCAUAGAGCUCCACCAAUAAUAGGCUACCUGCCUUUUGAGGUUCUAGGAACAUCAGGUUAUGACUAUUACCAUGUGGAUGACCUGGAGACCCUCGCCAAAUGUCAUGAACACUUGAUGCAGUAUGGAAAAGGGAAGUCGUGCUAUUAUCGCUUCCUGACUAAAGGUCAGCAGUGGAUCUGGCUGCAGACGCACUACUACAUCACCUAUCAUCAGUGGAACUCCAGACCUGAGUUUAUUGUCUGCACACACACAGUGGUCAGCUAUGCCGAGGUCAGGGCGGAACAGCGCAGAGAGCUGGGAAUUGAGGAGUCCAAUCCAGAGGCAGCUGUUGAUAAAAGUCAGGACUCUGGUUCGGAGUCACAGCUGAACACGUCCAGCUUGAAGGAAGCUCUGGAACGGUUCGACCGCAGCCGAACAUCCUCGACGUCUUCUCGAAGCUCCCGGAAGUCCUCGUCACAUGUCUCGGACAACACUUGCACCUCAACAGCUCCCAAGCUACACAUGGACAUGGCCACGCCUCCUCGGCAGUCCGUGGCCUCUACAGUGGAGAUGACAUCUCAGCGACGCUCAUCCAUCAGCAGCCAGUCUAUGAGUUCUCAGACCACAGGACAGAGUUUAAAUCCUGGCAUGAUCACUCAGCAACAGCAGCAACAACAGCAGCAGCAACAGCAGCAGCAACAGCAGCCUCAGACAAAUGUUCAGCCGGUGAUGGAGUUCUCAGCACAGGUGAAUGCCAUGCAGCACCUGAAGGAGCAGCUGGAGCAGAGAACCCGAACGAUCCAGGCGAACAUCCAGCGGCAGCAGGAGGAGCUGAGGAACAUCCAGGAUCAGCUGCAGAGAGUGCAGGGACAGGGCAUACAGAUGUUGCUGCAACAACAGCAGCAGCAGAGUGGACCGAUGAACGUACAGCUCCCACAGGUGGGGUCAGUCCAACAAGCAGCUACGCUGACUGGUCAGGUCCAACAACCCUCAGUGAACCCCGUUCAUUCGGGAUCUCAACAGCUCACUGUUCAGCAGCAAGCUCCUCCUCCUCAACAAAGCUUACAGCAGCAGACCAACACACUCACACAGGCUCAGUCCCAGUCCCAGGGGUCUGUAGCUGCCCCGCUGUACAACACCAUGAUGAUUUCCCAACCAGGACAACCAAACGUGCUGCAGAUCAGCACUAGCCUCCCGCAGAACAACACGCAGCAAGGCGCCACCGUGGCCACCUUUACACAGGACCGACAGAUCCGAUUCCCAGCAGGGCAGCAGCUCGUAACCAAGCUGGUGACGACUCCAAUGCAUGCAUGUGGUGCCGUCAUGGUGCCCACCUCUAUGUUUAUGGGGCAGGUUGUUACAGCAUACAAUCCCUUCGGUGGCCAGCAGCAGGGGGGACAGACCCAGACCCUGACUCUACAACCAGCCCAAUCAUCUCAAGGUCAGCCCGAUGGCCAAAACCAAACAGCUGUAGUGGCACAAAACAACCAGCAGGGGCAGCAGCAACAGCAGUUCCUGCAGGGCACUCGUCUUCUUCACAGUAACCAGUCUACUCAGCUGAUUCUGCAGGCAGCGUUUCCUCUCCAGCAGCAGGGAACUUUUACCCAGGCAACACUUCCACAGCAGCAGCAGCAGCAACAACAACAUCAACAUCAUCAACAACAACACCUGCAGCAAAGGCAACAAAAGCAGCUGCAGCAGCAACAAUCUCAUCAUCAGAGGCACCAGCAGCAGCUGAAAAUGCAGCCGCAGAAACAGCAGAAAGCCUCAUCAUCACACAGGACUGACAGUGUCAACAACCAGCAGCAAUGACUCUUGGUGGACAGCUGUAGAAACUGCUGUAUAUGGUUGUGUAGGUCUUCUGGAUGUCACCGACCUCAUCUACCCUCCAAAAAAAUGACCGCCUUCCCUUCCUUGAUUUAAGAGCUAUUACUUCUAGGAAAGAGGAAAAGCUCCGAGUUCAUAAGGAACUUGGUAAGAGCCAUCACCACGGCAAGGCAGAAGAAAGUUCCUGUUUUCCUCUUCAGAGGUCAACUCAUGAGGGAGCCUCAGUCUCCGAGGAGACUUUGAAAGUAAGAAGAAAAAAUAAAAAUACCUUAUGCCGACGAUAAUGGACCUUUUUUUUUUUGGAAGUCUCAAAGUGAACUGACUGUACAGAUUUACUGUAUGAUAAAACAAAAACCUGUAAAUAUCCAAGUAUAGCCUAACAGAAAACAGAACCAUAGUAUUUUAUAUGACUGCAUGGAAAGAAUAACUGUACGCUUUUCUUAGUUGCUUUUGGAAACAGAAUUUUUACUUUUUGUGGUUUCUGGUCAAACACAGAGCAACGAUGUGCUCUCUAAGACCCCCUCCAAGUUCUCUUGAAAAAGAAAAAACAAGUCCAGAACAAGGCUUUAAAGUCUCUUGGUGUGUUAAAAAAAUGAAAAGAAAAAUAGGAAGGAUUGGGCGUGGGUGGUUUAAUUUAAUUUAAUUGUUUUGUAGAAACUACUUUUAAACACUGUGUCUCCAGGACAAAAAUGGAUCCUUUUACCUUUGUAAUUACAAAUUGUUUAACAAGAAGUUAGAAGAAACUAGAUUACAGUUUAACUGAACUAUUGCAGGAUGAUUACUGUACGUAUAACGGGUGUAUUGAUUCCAAGUGCCAAUAACAUAGAGAAUUUAGUUGUUUUUUUAAUUUCAAAUUACAAUAUUCAUAUAUAUAUAUAUAUAUAUAUAUAUAUAUAUAUUAGUCAAAUUUGUAUAUUUUCCAAAAAGCUAUUACCCCUGAUAACAGCAUCCAUGCAUAUGUAUAUUGUAGGGAUUAUUUUUUACCAGUCAGAGAGCCCUAUACGUGACAAACAGUAUAUCCUCAGCCUCCCGACAACUUCAGCACUUAAUGUGGUUGUGUAAAGAAAUACCACUGAUAAAACAUUUUUUUUUUAUUUGUAAUCUGUGUGUGAUUCCGUGAGCUAAUGUGCGUUUUGAUAAUACAAUCCUCAUGUGCAUGACUCGGUGCGAACGUAUAUUGUAGUGGGCGUGUUUGUUAGGCCUUCUUGUCUUACGAUAUUGAACUUUAUGAGGGUUUGAAGUUGCUGGAUGGUACUUGUCCUCUCAGGAAUGUGGAAAGCUGAUUUGUUUUUCAUUUUUUGAUUCUGCCUCAGUCUGGAACCAGACCAGGAAGGAUUAGACAGUGAUGAUUCACAGACCUGAGGAACUUGUGUUAUGAAGGGUGCGGCAUCUGAGUGGAAAAUGUGACCUUGAUUUCAAUCAAGUGCUCUCUUUUUUCCUCUUUAUCGGUGCAGAAUUCAAGUGCUUAAACAUGGACUAGGCAUGGGCCGGUAUGAGCUUCUCACUGUAUGAUCAUUUUAAGUAAAAAUACCCCAAUAUUUACACCACAACCUAAAACAAAAAUGUCUAACAUGUACUAAAUGUUUUUAUUUAAAAACAACUAUUCUUGGUUCUGCAGCUAAAACAAUAUAUUGAUACAUUGUUUCUUCUUUCAGCGGUUUGCCCAAGUUGGGGUGGGACCCAACUUGGGGUCCUGGAAUACUUUUUCAGAAAUUAAACUAAAUCACAACGUUGAUGAUGGGAAAGCAUAUUUUAUCUAGAAAUUUAAGAUAAUACAAAAAGGACUCAAAGUUGCUACACAGUCCCUGGAAAAGUCUGGAAUUUGUUUCAGUAUUGAAAUGUAUUUCUUUUGAAAAAAUGUUGUAUUUUAAGACUAUUGACUUUUCCAUUUCUUUAUGCACAGAAUAUUAUACUGUUUUGCCAUUCUGAUCUUUAUAGCUGAACACUGAGAGUACGACAAGCUGGUAUUAUCUGGCUAAUUAGUCAGGGUGUAUGCACCAGUAGCUAGCCUGCAUUCCGCUCCUUUACAAUCACGCAGCUUAUAGCUGGCCAACUGUUGCUUUGGAAUAGUGUUAUCUUUUAUAAGAGUGAAAGAUGAAGCUCCUUUAGUUUCUACACCAUUAGUGUCCAUAUUUUUCACCACCAGAAACCGUCAAAUUUGUCAUUUUUGUAAUUGAUUACAAAGUAAAAUGCUUGUCUUUCAGCCAGCUGAUGGGCACUGCACAGCAGCAUGUGGGGGAGGGGCAUAUUUGCACUGCUCUAUGCUGUGGAAAGUCUUAGAAAGCUCUGGUCAUUGCAUCACUUUAAAAGGUCUUUAAAUCUUAGGAACAUGAUGACCAGAAGAUUUUAGGGGUUUUAAAGUUUCUUGGCAUACCUUGAAUCCUUAAACGGCCCAUGCCUACCAUGGACGGGAACAUUAAUAGUUAAAGAGUGAGUUUUGGAAUUACAGUGGCAGGAAAAACCCUAACUAUGACCCUCAUUUUUAAUUGACUGAAUUUACCACAAAAACAAACCAGAAUUUUUUUAACAACUAAUGGUCUACUCUGUCAUUAGUGUUUCAUCCUUCCUUGUCUUCAUAGGCCUCAGAAGCCCUCAUGCAGUCCACUCCACUUGUAUCUCAGUUCUCAAAUGGCAGUUGAAACCAGGACUGGGCCCGGGUCCAUGCAUAAAGGAUUUUUGGCUCAGCUUGAGUGUACUAAAGCGAUAAGCCAUAUCAAAUGGAGAAAAAAAAGCCUCGGAGCGAAGGAGCGUAUAGUUAUUGGCAAAGGAGUAUCUAGAGUGUGUUGUUUUGCUUUGGAGAAGCUGGUGUGUGUGUGUCUGUGUGUGUGUAUAAAUAUAGCAUCUUCGUUCCUUGAUCCUACUUCUUGUAUCAGUCGAGGGGGAGGGGUUCACAGUAUUUGCUUCCCCCCUGGACAUAGCCAAUCAGUUCUUGCGUUGCAGUAUAAAGAAGUGUCGUCCGUGUUGUCGCGAGCCUGCAUGAGAGACGGCUCCAAGUUGAUAAUGUGUUGAGAGAGACUUUGUAUGUAUGGUGACUUUCACUGUAACCCAGUAUAUUUUCAUAUAAAACGUAUGACUGAAGAGGUGUGGGGAAAAUAGGCAACUGGUUUAACUGUGGAGUUUCAAAGAAGAUGCUGACAUCACCAAAAAAAAAAAAAAACUCCAGUCAGAUGAUAAAUACUAACAAAAACAGAAGUAGAUCAUUUGAGCAGCAAAGGUCCUCCACCCAUGACGACAAAGAGCCUCUAUAGACUAUAGUGUGUGAAUGUGUGUAAACGGAUCUAGUUUGUGACACUGAUACCCAGCCCAAAGAAUGUAAAGGUGUUUCUUAAAGACUAAUGGAUGUUGUGCAUUUUGAUUCCAGAGAAUGUUUGACUGGCUUUCUUAUGAAGGAAAAGGAGGGGAAUGAAAGAGAGCUCAUCAAUCACUAGGUUCCACCUAAAGAAUCCGAAAAACAAUCAUUACUGUCUUUUCAUUGUUAAUGUCAACUAGGUCUGAAUGUUUCACCAUUAUAAAUGUUUAGUUUUUGGGAUUUUGGUUAGGAAUUAUGUAUGUAUGACAUGUGAACUGGGAGGUUUUAGAAAAAGAAAAAAGCUGUAGAAAAAAUGGAGGCCUUGGAUAGCUGAUGGGCGAUAGCAUUGACAGGACAGCCACGCUCCCUUUCUCCCCGUCUUCCCACACAGAUACAGCUAUCACUUUUUAUUUUUUCAAAACCACCGUUUGGUUAAGAGCGUAGUUCUAGUAUAAUACUGUACACAGACACAAAGCUAAGAACACCAGUAUUCAGUGUAAAAUGGUGCUAUGCUUCUACCUGUACUGUACGUAUGUAAAUCCCUUCUUCUGCUCUUAAAUUGUGCUCCUUUUAUCUACCCCAAAGUCAAAUGUAAUAAUAAUACUAAUAAUCCAUAUUUUGAAGCAAAAUGUUUGCAAUUACUAUAAUCCCCCUGUCCCAUCUUGGUCAACUUGAGAAUAAAAAGAGUUGCAAAUAUUAAACAACA